UAAAUGUUAAAGCUACUUCCUACAAGCAAAUGGUCACAAAAUCCUUACUUUCGUAGAAGGUUAAAGUUGGACUUUGCUGCGUUUUGUUCUGAGAGAAUCUGGACCAAAGGGCUCUGGCAGCGUUAAAGGUUGCAGACCCCUGACCCAGACCGGCCCAACUCAAGCUUCCAGGCCGGAGGUUGUGUUUCAGCGUCCUUCAGCUUCAGAUUCUCAGUUCUUUUUUGUCACAGCAGAAUUUGAAAUACUUUUGCCUGAAGAGGAAACGUGUAUUUGGUGAAUCAGCUGGAAAACCACAGAAACAUGAGGGGAAAUUUUCCGCCAAAGUUCAGAGUGCAGCUCAGCUCGGUGGUAGCGGAUCGUUUCGGUGCGGGGACAGGUAUCGGGCCUGUCCAUCAGGUGACGGCUAGACGCUGAGGAGGCGUGUUUGGGUGACAGAGGAAGGUCAAACGUUAUUUAUGGAGGGGGAAAAACGGCAAACCAGAACUUCUCGACAUGGCUUUUAAAGUGAUCUAUGUGGCCACGGCUCUGACCCUGCUGGCUAAAGAAUCUAAGUCAGAAAAACCUGACUGCGGUCAGCCACAGCUCAGUACCAGGAUCGUUGGUGGAGACGAGGCUCCUCCAGGCAGCUGGCCCUGGCAGGUCAGCCUGCACCGCCCCUCCUCGUACUGUGGAGGCUCCCUCAUCAACCACCAGUGGGUGCUGACCGCCGCUCACUGCGUCCCGGGCGCUAACCCGGCCGGCCUGACCGCAUACCUGGGCCGCCACAGUCAGCAGAAGGCCAACCCUAAUGAGGUCAAUCGAACAGUAGCCGAGGUCAUCACUCACCCGGACUACAAAGGCCAAACGAAUGAAAACGACAUCGCCCUGCUGAAGCUCUCCUCCCCGGUCGCAUUCACCGCCUACAUCGCCCCCGUCUGCCUCGCCGCCUCCGGCAGCACCUUCUACGACGGCGUGGACUGCUGGGUCACCGGCUGGGGCAACAUCGCUUUCGGAGAAGUUCUUCCUUACCCUCAAAAUCUCCAGGAAGUGAAGGUUCCCAUCGUGGGAAACCGACAGUGUCAGUGCAACUAUGGACAGUACAAAAUCUCUGAAGACAUGGUUUGUGCAGGGCUAAAGCAGGGAGGCAAGGAUGCUUGUCAGCUGGACUCUGGAGGUCCGCUGGUCAGUAAACAGGGAAGCCGUUGGAUCCAAGCAGGACUCGUCAGUUUUGGAGAAGGUUGUGCUCUGCCUAACUUCCCCGGAGUCUACACUAGAGUGUCCCAGUAUCAGACCUGGAUCAAUUCCCAAAUCACCAGCGACCAGCCGGGAUUUAUCACCUUCUCCUCCACCGGGACCAACAGUGAUCUCAGCGUGUCGUGUCCGGGAGUUCCUCCGGUUCAAGUCAAAGCCGCCAAAAACCUUCAGACUCAAACUAAAUCUGUGGUUUGUGGACGAGCCAGACUGAACUCGGGUGUUCUGGAUGGAAGUUCAGAGGCGACUGCAGGUCAGUGGCCGUGGAUGGCGAGUCUGCAGAAGAACGGACAGCACGUGUGCGGCGGGACGCUGGUGUCUUCAGACUACGUGAUCAGUGACGCUAACUGCUUCUCAGGUUCUCCUGUGGCGUCUGAGUGGACGGUUGUGUUGGGUCGUCUGAAGCAGAAUGGAUCAAACCCCUUUGAGGUGUCGCUGACAGUGACAAACAUCACUCUGAGUAACCAGACGGGCUCCAAUGUUGCAGUGCUGAAACUCUCCACUGCACCCGUCCUGAAUGAUUACAUCCAGCCCAUCUGUCUGGACAACGGAAGAACUUUUCCUGUGGGAACAACAUGCUGGGCUGCAGGCUGGAGUUCUGGACGGGGAGGAG